AUAUUUAUUAACACUAAUGAUGAAAUAUUGGACAAAAUGUUCUCUUCCGAUUAGUACAACAAAAUUACAAAAUUAAGGAUUCUAUCAAAUUUUUGAAUGGAAAGUUAUUUCGAUUUGUGGGCUUUUUUUUAAAAUAUAAAUCUUUUCACCGGGCCUGCCUUCAUAAGCAAGCCAUAGAUCAAAAGUCUGGUAGAUUUGAGAUUUCUCUCCACAACCCGAAAGGCCGAAACCCUAGACCGUCUUUCUCUCUAUCCCAUGGCGAAGAAGGAGCAGCUCAAGAAGCGAAAGCUCAUCAAGAAAUCAGAGGCAUCCAACAGUCGUGACAAGAGAUUGAAGAAGAACAAUAACAGUAGGAACGCCAAUUUCUCCCCACCGGAGUCCGAUUCCGAAUCUUCGCUUGACGACAUCCAAGCCCUCCUCGAACCCUUCUCCAAAGACCAGCUUAUCGCCCUCGUAGUGGAUGCUUCCCUCCACCACCCCAUCCUCAUCUCCACCAUCCGCUCCGUCGCCGAUUCUGAUAUCUCUCACCGGAAAAUUUUUGUGUUCGGCCUCGGCUACGACUCCACCCGUGAAACCCUCCUCUCUGUUUUCCAGCGUUAUGGAGAAAUUGAGGACUGCAAUGUUGUCACAGACCGGGUCACUGGGAAGUGUAAGGGAUAUGCUUUUAUCGCCUUCAAGACAAGGAAAGCCGCUGCAAAAUCCCUAAAAGAACCUAAGAAGAAGAUCGGGAGUCGGGUUGCCUCGUGCCAGCUGGCUUCUUCUGGGCCUGCUGCUCCCGGUUCCACUCAGCAGGAUGUGAGUGGUCGGAAGAUUUAUGUGAGCAACGUCGGGCAGGAUACGGAUGCAAGUAGGUUGAGGGACUUCUUUUCUAAAUUCGGGGAGAUUGAGAGUGGUCCUUUUGGGGUUGACCCACACACUGGGAAGUGGAAAGGGUAUGCCUUGUUUGUGUACAAAACCACAGAGGAUGCAAGGAAAUGUCUGGAAGAUCCCUACAAGAUGUUUGAAGGACGGCAAUUGCAUUGUGAGAAGGCUGCAGAAGGGAAAGGUGUCGGCAAAUCUGGAGGGGCGGCGGGAAUCACUACAGCUGUGGUGAACCAGCCGUUUCAGGCAAUGCAAGCAGCACCAGAUAUAUUGGCUGCCAUGGCUGCUGCCCAGAAUAUGGCACUUUUGGGUCAGAACCCGGCUGCAGCUUUGUUGAAUCCAUUGUACAGCCAGUUGAUUGGAAAUGCCAACUUUGGUAUGUUGAACCCAGCAAUGGGUUUGAGCCAAGCAGUGAUUGGUUCAGGUCAAGCUGGGCAACCUGGCAUGGCAGCUGCUGGUUAUGGUACAUCAAUUGGGGGUCUUGGAGGGAAUACCUUAGGGAUGCUAGGAUCAUUUGGCAUGCCAAGUGGGGGGAUGCCACUAAACUUAACAAAUGCUUAUCCUAAUUUGCAAGACAGGCAGAUUUCAGCAUCUGCUAAGGCUCCACGUAGCAGUGGCUUUUCUUCUCAUCACAUUGAUGAAAGACCAUAUGAUUUUUAGGGAGCUGUCGUGCUAGAAAUGGAAGACAAAUGGCUUCAAAAGGAUCAGUUUUAACUCGGACCAAGAAUACAUAAUUAUUCUUGUUGCUUGAACGGUUACUUUUGAUAAGUGCCUUUGGUUGUGGCAAUUGAAUCUGAAAGCCAUGUGCCCUUUCUAGUUAAUGUUUUUUAUCAACUUUGUUGAUCUUUCUAAAUUUUCUUUUUAAGAUGUAUUUCGUGUAUACUUGUUGCUUUAUAGAAUUACUAUUUUGUAUUUUUACAUCUAUGAAUCUUUAUUUUAAAGUUUUUUGUUCUUGUGGAUUGCUAUUGUUUUUCU